GAUUAACAGCUGUUAGUAUCGCAUUGAAUCUAAACUUACACAAACAAUAAGUCCGGUAAAUCGUGCAGGACACUAAACGAAAUCCACAAUGGUGGCAAAGGCAAGCUUGCGCCUUAUUAUUCCUCUAGCAAUUAUUCAGAUCGUCUUCUUGGUGAUUUUUGGAAUAAAGAUCCAGUAUCAUGAGACGGCCCGACCCCUGAACACGGUCUCUCCGACCCCCGUCGGGAGCAUGUAUCCAAUGUUUCAGGAUGUGCAUGUGAUGAUCUUCAUUGGGUUCGGGUUUUUGAUGACGUUUCUGAAGAGGUACGGGUACUCGGCCGUCAGCAUCAAUCUCCUGGUGGCCGCCUUCACAGCCCAGUGGGCCAUCAUCAUCAGAUCCGCCAUCUCAGGGAACUGGGAGGUCGGGGUAGCGGAGAUGCUUACUGCCGAUUUCGCUGCAGCUACCAUUCUGAUCUCAUUCGGAGCUGUACUGGGUAAAACAGGACCUCUACAACUUCUGAUAAUGGCAUUCAUAGAGGUCGUUCUAGCACAAGUCAACGAACACAUCGGUUAUCAUAUCCUGCAUACGGCUGAUGUCGGAGAGUCCAUGUUCAUUCACGCCUUUGGGGCCUACUUUGGUUUGGCGGUGGCACGGGUUUUGUAUAAUGAAGAUGUAGAAAAAUCCUCCAAAGAGAGCACGGUGUACCAUUCGGACCUAUUCUCCAUGAUAGGUACCGUGUUUCUCUGGUUGUACUGGCCCAGCUUUAAUGGAGGAGCGGUAGAAGGAGACCAGCAACACCGUGCAGUCAUCAACACAUACCUCUCCCUCCUCACCUGCGCCGUCUGCACAUUCAUCGUCUCAUCACUCAUAGACAAACGCGGGAAAUUUGAAAUGGUGCACAUUCAGAACGCUACCUUAGCAGGCGGUGUUGCUGUAGGAACUUCCGCUCAUAUGCCCAUCCAGCCAUGGGGUGCCAUGCUGCUCGGCGCCAUCGCUGGAGUCAUCUCCACUCUAGGGUACAAAUUCUUAACGCCUGCACUUUCAUCAAAACUUAAAAUCCAUGACACCUGUGGAGUUAACAAUCUGCAUGGCAUGCCGGGAAUAUUAGCUGCUUUAGCAGGUGCUGUAGCUGCCGCUUUAUCCAGCAAGGAGACCUGGGGAAACAGCCUAUAUUCUAUCUUUUCCGCAAUGGAAUCGAAAAAUAUGACCACAGCAGCUAACACCACAGAAGUCAUCAUGGGCCGCUCAGCCAUGGAGCAGGGAGGGUACCAAAUGGCUGCACUUUGUCUGACCUUGGCCAUCGCUAUAGUGGGUGGAAUCAUCACAGGUUUCAUCCUGCGCAUCCCAUUCUUGGACAGUCCUAAGGGAGAUCUCCUGUUCGACGACCAGGAACUGUGGAAUGUCGCGGAGGACGGAUUCCCUGCUUCUGAUGACCUCCCUUUGAACGGAAAACCCAAAGAGAAGUCCCUGGAUGAUACUCAGAUCCCUAUGCUAUAAAGAAAAGGACCACUUUCAGUAGAGGAUUGCAGCCGAGUAGAGAGGUUUAAAACGGAGUAUCUGAUUCAAUUAACUAAAUAUUGUCUUAUGUGGGUAGCCAACUACAGAUUUUUCAAAUGCACUGUAUGUGUUCAACUGCAUUGUUCAAACGUAGUCCAUACCAAAAAUCACAGCAAUUCUUUCUGUUGCAUGUCAAGUACGAGUAUUUAUUUUGGAUUGAAAUAACAGCAAGUUGCUAUAGACCGGCCCCAGAAGGAAAAAUGAGGGUGCACGUCACAAAAAAUAAACUGUUGAUUUGGGCAACAUGAGGGCGGUGAUGUUAUGAACUAUAUUUACUAGUAAACAUAACAUUUUAACAGUACUAAAUAUAAGUAUUAUACUCUCGAAUUUAGUAUAAUCCAUAUUUCUUCUUUGCAAACACAUACCGUAUAAUUUUACAAUGCAUGUACUAUUAUAUGGUUACUAACAAAAUACUGUAAAAGUGCUUAUUUACGCGUGGGGGGAAUUUACUCUACUUUCGUGAUCACGUAAACAGCGCGUAAAUUUCCCCCACGUGUAUAGUUAUGAAUAUUUGAUAUAAUAUAAUUAAAUAUCACAUUCAGUUAUCGCGGAUUUUCCCCCUACGCGUAAUGUUGGACGUGGGAAAACGCGAACUUAACCCCCAGCGUAAAUAAGCACUUUUACACUGAACAUUCUCUGUAGCCUCUCGUCCUUUCAUUUAUCGCUAUACAUGUAAUACGUAUACAAUGUUGUAGACGUGAGGACAUUCAUACAAUUUGUAUUCAUUAUCAAUGUUUUACAAUAUGUUAUUUUAGUUUUACAAAUCAAUAAAUUUAUAUUUUAUAAAAAGAUA